GCCCCGCCGCCGGCUGGGGCGUCCGAGCUGGAGGCGGCGGAGGCACCCCCACCCCCACCCCGCGCAGCGCCGCCCGCCGCCGCCGCUCCCUCCCCUCCUGCCCCCGGCGGAGGUCGAGGGACGGGGCGAGGGGCUCCCGCAGGAGGGCUGCUGGCCCGCUGCUGUGCUGCUGAACAGUAUGCAGUCCUUCCGGGAGCAAAGCAGUUACCACGGAAACCAGCAGAGCUACCCGCAGGAGGUACACGGCUCAUCCCGGAUAGAAGAGUUCAGCCCUCGCCAGGCCCAGAUGUUCCAGAAUUUUGGAGGUGCAGGUGGUGGCGGCAGCGGCAGCGGCAGUGGUGGUGGCCGUCGAGGGACAGCAGCAGCUGCUGCAGCAAUGGCUAGUGACACCUCUGGCCACCAAGGCUACCAGGGGUUUAGGAAAGAGGCUGGAGAUUUUUACUACAUGGCAGGCAACAAAGACCCCGUGGCAACAGGAACCCCACAGCCUCCUCAACGAAGGCCUUCUGGGCCUGUGCAGAGCUACGGCCCCCCCCAGGGGAGCAGCUUUGGCAAUCAGUACGGGAGUGAGGGCCACGUGGGCCAGUUUCCAGCCCAGCACUCUGCCCUCGGUAGUGUGUCCCACUAUCAGCAGGAUUACACGGGGCCCUUUUCCCCAGGGAGUGCUCAGUAUCAGCAGCAGGCCUCUAGCCAGCAGCAGCAGCAGCAGCAGCAGCAGCAGCAGCAAGUACAGCAGUUGAGGCAGCAGCUUUACCAGUCCCAUCAGCCUCUGCCACAGGCCACUGCUCAGCCGGCGUCCAGCUCGUCCCAUCUCCAGCCCAUGCAGCGGCCUUCCACUCUGCCAUCCUCUGCGGCUGGUUACCAGUUAAGAGUGGGUCAGUUUGGCCAACACUACCAGUCCUCUGUUUCUUCCUCCUCCUCCUCCUCCUUCCCUUCCCCACAGCGCUUCAGUCAGUCUGGACAGAGCUAUGAUGGCAGUUACAGCGUGAAUGCUGGGUCCCAGUAUGAAGGCCAUAAUGUGGGGUCUAAUGCACAGGCUUAUGGAACACAAUCAAAUUACAGCUAUCAGCCUCAAUCCAUGAAAAAUUUCGAACAGGCAAAGAUUCCACAAGGGACCCAGCAGGGGCAGCAGCAGCAGCAGCAGCAGCAGCAGCAGCACCCCGCUCAGCACGUGAUGCAGUACACCAACGCUGCCACCAAGCUGCCCCUACAGAGCCAGGUGGGGCAGUAUAACCAGCCCGAGGUUCCUGUGAGGUCCCCCAUGCAGUUCCACCAGAACUUCAGCCCCAUUUCUAACCCUUCUCCGGCUGCCUCGGUGGUCCAGUCUCCAAGCUGCAGCUCUACUCCAUCUCCUCUCAUGCAGAGUGGAGAGAAUCUCCAGUGCGGGCAAGGCAGUGUGCCCAUGGGUUCCAGAAACAGAAUUUUACAGUUAAUGCCUCAGCUCAGUCCAACCCCAUCCAUGAUGCCCAGUCCUAAUUCUCAUGCUGCAGGCCUCAAAGGGUUUGGACUGGAAGGGGCGCCAGAGAAACGACUGACAGAUCCUGGGUUGAGUAGUCUGAGUGCCCUGAGUACUCAAGUGGCCAAUCUUCCUAACACUGUCCAGCACAUGUUACUCUCAGAUGCCCUGACACCUCAGAAGAAGACUUCCAAGAGGCCCUCCUCAUCUUCUAAGAAAGCGGACAGUUGCACAAACUCUGAGGGCUCCUCACAGCCUGAAGAACAGCUGAAGUCCCCUCUGGCAGAGUCCUUGGACGGCGGCUGCUCCAGCAGCUCAGAGGAUCAAGGGGAGAGAGUGAGGCAGCUGAGUGGCCAGAGCACCAGUUCUGACACCACCUACAAGGGGGGGGCCUCGGAGAAAGCUGGCUCCUCACCCGCACAAGGUGCUCAGAACGAAGCCCCCAGACUCAGUGCCAGUCCUGUAGCCAGAGAAGAAGCCACCUCGCCAAGUGUCAAGGACACAGCCUUGUCCUCUGAGGGGAACCCAAAAGUCAAUGAAAAGACGGUUGGGGUAAUUGUCUCCCGGGAAACCAUGGCAAGUAGGGUAGAAAAGCCUGGUGGACAAGAUAAAGGCUCCCAGGAGGAUGAUCCUGCAGCCACUCAGAGGCCCCCCAGCAACGGUGCGGCCAAGGAAAGCAGUCUUGCCCCACUUCCUCAGCCGGAGCCUCCAGGAGGAGGGAGCAAAGGAAGCAAAAACGGAGAUAGCAACUCCAGCCACAAUGGAGAGGGCAAUGGCCAGGCUGGCCACACUGCAGCGGGGCCUGCGUUCACAGGCAGGACCGAGCCUAGCAAAUCCCCCGGAAGCCUGCGCUACAGUUACAAAGACAGUUUUGGGUCUGCUAUGUCGCGAAAUGUCAGCAGCUUCCCUCAGUAUCCUACAGGGCAAGAAAAGGGAGAUUUCACUGGCCAUGGGGAACGAAAGGGUAGAAACGAGAAGUUCCCCAGCCUCCUGCAGGAAGUGCUCCAAGGUUACCACCACCACCCGGACAGGAGAUACUCCAGGAGUGCUCAAGAGCACCAGGGGAUGGCUGCCGGGCUAGAAGGAACCUCAAGGCCCAAUGUCUUAGUCAGUCAAACCAAUGAAUUAGCCAGCAGGGGCCUACUGAACAAAAGCAUUGGAUCCCUGUUAGAAAACCCUCACUGGGGCCCCUGGGAGAGGAAAGCUGGCAGCACAGCUCCUGAACUGAAGCAGAUCAAUUUGGCUGACUAUCCAAUUCCCAGAAAGUUUGAACUAGAGCCUCCAUCAUCAGCCCAUGAGCCCGGAGGCUCCCUCUCUGAAAGAAGAUCCGUGAUCUGUGACAUUUCUCCACUGAGACAGAUUGUCAGGGACCCAGGGGCCCACUCCCUGGCGCACAUGGGUGCUGACACCAGAAUUGGGAGGAAUGAACGUCUGAACCCAAACUUAAGUCAGUCCGUCAUUCUUCCAGGUGGGUUGGUAUCCAUGGAAGCAAAGCUGAAAUCCCAGAGCGGGCAGAUCAAAGAGGAAGACUUUGAACAAUCCAAAUCCCAAGCUAGUUUCAACAACAAGAAGUCUGGAGACCACUGCCAUCCUAGCAGCAUCAAGCACGAGUCUUACCGUGGUAAUGCCAGUCCAGGGGCAGCAGCCCACGAUUCCCUCUCAGACUACGGUCCCCAGGACAGCAGACCCACGCCAGUGCGUCGGGUCCCCAGCAGGGUUGGUGGCCGGGAAAGUAUGAGGGGUCGGUCUCCUUCUCAGUAUCAUGACUUUGCAGAAAAGUUGAAGAUGUCUCCUGGGCGGAGCAGAGGCCCAGGGGGAGACCCUCAUCACAUGAACCCACACAUGGCUUUCUCAGAGAGGGCCAACAGGAGUUCUCUACAUGCUCCCUUUUCUCCCAAUUCAGAAAGCCUGGCCUCUGCUUAUCAUGCAAACACUCGGGCUCACGCCUAUGGGGACCCCACAGGUCUGAAUUCUCAGCUCCAUUACAAGAGGCAGAUGUACCAACAGCAACAAGAGGAGUACAAGGACUGGAGCAGCAGCUCUGCUCAGGGCGUGAUCGCUGCAGCACAGCACCGGCAGGAGGGGCCCCGGAAGAGCCCACGGCAGCAGCAGUUUCUUGACAGAGUACGGAGCCCUCUGAAAAAUGACAAGGAUGGUAUGAUGUAUGGCCCGCCGGUAGGGACUUACCAUGACUCCAGCACUCAGGAGGCCGGGCGCUGUCUCAUGCCUGGUGAUGGUCUGCCCAACAAAGGCAUGGAACUGAAGCAUGGCUCCCAGAAGUUGCAGCAAGAAUCUUGUUGGGAUCUUUCUCGGCAAACCUCUCCAGCCAAAAGCAGCGGUCCUCCAGGGAUGUCCAAUCAGAAAAGGUAUGGGCCGCCCCAUGAGACUGACGGACAUGGACUAGCUGAGUCUGCACAGUCAUCCAAACCUGGUAAUGUCAUGCUGAGGCUUCCAGGUCAAGAGGACCACUCUUCUCAAAACCCCUUAAUUAUGAGGAGGCGUGUCCGUUCCUUCAUCUCUCCCAUUCCCAGUAAGAGGCAGUCACAGGAGGUAAAGAACAGCAACACUGAUGAUAAAGGACGCCUCCUUCACCCACCGAAAGAAGGCGCUGAUAAAGCAUUCAAUUCCUAUGCCCAUCUUUCUCACAGUCAGGACAUCAAGUCUAUCCCUAAGAGAGAGUCUGCCAAGGACCUUCCAAGUCCAGAUAACAGAAAUUGCCCUGCUGUUACCCUCACCAGCCCUGCUAAGACCAAAAUACUGCCCCCACGGAAAGGACGGGGACUGAAAUUGGAAGCUAUAGUUCAGAAGAUCACAUCCCCAAACAUCAGGAGGAGUGCCUCCUCGAACAGCGCAGAGGCUGGGGGAGACACGGUGACGCUCGACGACAUCCUGUCUCUGAAGAGUGGGCCUCCCGAGGGCGGCAGCGCAGCCAUUCAAGACGCUGAGACGGAGAAGAGAAAAGGCGAGGUGGUGUCUGACCUGGUGAGCCCAGCACGCCAGGAGCUGAGUGUGGAGAAGCCUCUCUCACGGUCUUCAGAAGACUGGCGUGGCAGUGGGGACGACAAAGUGAAGACAGAGACACGUCCAGAGACAGUUGCUGCUGGAAAGGAACCCCCUGGUGCCAUGGCCUCUGUGACCUCACAGAAGCCUGGUAACCAAGGGAGACCAGAUGGUCCGCUGGGUGGGACUGCACCUUUAAUCUUCACUGACUCAAAGAAUGUACCCCCAGUGGGCAUAUUGGCCCCCGAGACAAACCCCAAGGCUGAAGAGAAAGAGAAUGAUACAGUGACGAUUUCGCCUAAACAGGAGAGUUUCCCUCCAAAGGGAUAUUUCCCAUCCGGAAAGAAGAAGGGGAGACCCAUUGGGAGCGUGAAUAAGCAGAAGAAACAGCAGCAGCCCCCGCCUCCCCCACCUCAGCCCCCGCAGAUACCAGAAGGUUCUGCAGAUGGAGAACCAAAGCCAAAAAAGCAGAGGCAGCGGAGGGAGAGAAGGAAGCCUGGGGCCCAGCCAAGGAAGCGGAAAACCAAACAAGCAGUUCCCAUCGUAGAACCUCAAGAACCUGAGAUCAAACUGAAGUACGCCACCCAGCCGCUGGAUAAAACUGACGCCAAGAACAAGUCUUUCUUCCCUUACAUCCAUGUAGUGAAUAAGUGUGAACUCGGAGCUGUGUGUACAAUCAUCAAUGCUGAAGAAGAAGAACAGACCAAAUUGGUGAGGGGUCGCAAGGGCCAGAGGUCACUGACCCCUCCCCCCAGCAGCACUGAAAGCAAGGUGCUCCCAGCUUCGUCCUUUGUGCUGCAGGGCCCUGUGGUGACAGAGUCGUCUGUUAUGGGACACCUGGUUUGCUGUCUUUGUGGCAAGUGGGCCAGUUACCGGAACAUGGGCGACCUCUUUGGGCCCUUUUAUCCGCAAGAGUACGCAGCCACUCUCCCGAAGAAUCCGCCCCCUAAGAGGGCCGCGGAAAUGCAGAGCAAAGUCAAGGUACGGCACAAAAGCGCUUCGAAUGGCUCCAAGACGGACACUGAGGAGGAGGAGGAGCAGCAACAGCAGAAGGAGCAGAGGAGCCUGGCUGCGCACCCCAGGUUUAAGCGGCGCCACCGCUCGGAAGACUGUGGCGGAGGCCCUCGGGCCCUGUCCAGGGGGCUUCCUUGUAAAAAAGCCGCUGCGGAGGGCAGCAGCGAGAAGACUGCUUUGGACUCAAAGCCCCCCGUGCCCGCCACCUCAGAAGGGGGCCCUGAGCCGGAGCUACAGAUCCCUGAACUACCUCUUGACAGCAAUGAAUUUUGGGUCCAUGAGGGUUGUAUUCUCUGGGCAAAUGGUAUCUACCUGGUCUGCGGCAGGCUCUACGGCCUGCAAGAAGCGCUGGAAAUAGCCAGAGAGAUGAAAUGUUCUCACUGCCAGGAGGCAGGCGCCACCUUGGGCUGCUACAACAAAGGCUGCUCCUUCCGAUAUCAUUACCCGUGUGCCGUUGACGCAGACUGUUUGCUGCAUGAAGAGAACUUCUCGGUGAGGUGCCCCAAGCACAAGCCUCCCCUCCCGUGCCCUCUCCCCCCCUUGCAGAACAAGACCGCGAAAGGCAGCCUCAGCACAGAGCAGUCGGAGCGGGGGUGAGGGGGGCGGUGUGCUCGCGGGAAUGGAAAGGACAGCAAGCACAGGUGAGUCGGGCGGCCGGGCCCCCGCCGUCACCCCUGCCUGGCCCCGAGGGUGUCGUGGCCUCUGCCUCCUGCUCACCCCAGGCCGCGCCGCCGGCACUGAACUGCGUGGAUGACGAACACUAGGUGGGCAAAUGGCUUUCCCUUUGUUACUUAGCUCUGCACGGAACCUGCGGGCGGCUGUGAUGGCUUCAGACCUGUCCUGCUGCCUGGGGUUGGGGUCCGGCUGCCCCUCCCUGGAGUCAGCCUUCAGGGCAGAGCGUGACCGCUUCUGGGCAGGGGGCUUCGCCAGGCGCCUCUGCUCUGCCCCCUCAAGAAAGCUUCCAGCCAGAGAGCUCCUUCCAUCGUCAGCAUUUUUGUAGAACUUAGUGUUUUCUUUUGAAAAGCACAAAAUUCUCCAGGUUUUGCUGUUUGAAGCCCCACUCCUUCUCCACCCCCAAGAUUUUAUUCAUUUGAGAGGUAGAGUUACAGAGAGAGGUCUUCUAUCCGCUCGUUCACUCCCAGAUGGCCACAACGACCAGAGCUGUGCUGAUCCAAAGCCAAGAGCCAGGAGCUUCUUCCAGGUCUCCCAUGCAGGUGCAGGGGCCCAAGCACUUGGCCACCCUCCGCUGCUUUCCCAGGCCACAGCAGAGAGCUGGGUCAGAAGAAGGGCAUCUAGGACACACAAACCUGUGCCCAUACAGGAUGCCCGUGCCACAGGCGGAGAGCCCACCAGGCCACAGCACUGGCCGCCAUGACUCCUUUUUAUAGAAGUACAGAGGGAUGGCCGGCACUGCGACUCACUAGACUGAUCCUCUGCCUGCGGUGCCGGCACACCGGGUUCUAGUCCCGGUUGGGGCGCUGGUUCUGUCCCAGUUGCUCCUCUUACAGUCCAGCUCUCUGCUGUGGCCCGGGAGUGCAGUGGAGGAUGGCCCAAGUGCUUGGGUCCUGCACCCGCAUGGGAGACCAGGAUAAGCACCUGGCUCCUGGCUUCGGGUCAGCGCAGCACACUGGCCGUAGAGGCCAUUGAGGGGUGAACCAACGGAAGGAAGACCUUUCUCUCUCUGUCUCUCUCUCUCACUGUCUAACUCUGCCUGUCAAGAAGAAGUACAGAGGGAAAGAAAAGUCCUCUCAGGUUUAGUAGACUUCAGGGUCUAAUUUAAUUUUCCUUCUAGAAAUCUCUAGAGGUUGAGCCCUGCGACCCAGAGUGGGGCUGGCUGUGCUGAGAGGGCAUCAGAGCAGACGCGAGCCUUGCUGAGCCUCUCGGAGAGAAGGAGGAGAAAAGGAAAACCCCAAUGUAGUGGGGGGCUUGCUUCUAGGGGCUGGGCUGGGUAGGGUUCUCAGAACCGCUCAGGAGGGCUCAUGUGUUCUCACAGGAGGGCUGCUGUUUGGACUCCAGGGUCUGAGCCCCCAGCCCCCCGUACCUGCCCCCUGAGGGCAGCAGCGUGUCCCCGCUGUUCCCCUUGGAAGUUUCUGCCUUUCUCUGACACACCCAACAGUGAUUUUAGGGAAAAACCAAAUUCGUCUCAGAAUAUGGCCGCUUUCCUGUUCUGAGAGGCCCGCUGUGAGAUGGGCCGAGGGGCUCCCUGGUGCCUUCAUGGUAGAGGUGUCAGUGAGCGCCUUGCUUUUUCUUUCCUUCUUCCAGGGAGUAGGGUUGGCCAAGGAGGGUCUGUGCAGAGCGGGACAUGGUUGGGAAAUCAUCGCCGUGUCCUUGGAGCGCAGGAACCAGACGAGCACGCAGACCCCUGAGGCCUCCACGGGCCUUCCCGGGCCUGCUUGCUUGCCUGAUCAGCCCUCGGGCAAGGCAGCGGCCGUGUUGCUGAUUCUGUUGGCCGCCUGUGCUCCUGGGCUGGCGAGUCGCUGCCCACGCAGGCCCUGCCUCUUCCCCUGGGCCUGAAGACCAGGGUCUGGACAGCUGUCACUGUUCGGUGCUGGCUGCUUCUGUCUCAGAAUGCCAGCCUGUGUUGGAGAAAAAGAGCAGGUGAGGGCCUGGUGAGCAGAUCUGUGGGGAUUCUGUUCCCCCUCAUUCUCGCUCUGGGGCCCUCCCAGCCCACCAGACUCCUGUGACAGCAGUGAGCCCCACCAUUGACGCCUCCCAGGGCUGAGGCACAGGGCGAUCGCAUGGCCUGCCCUUUGGAACAGGGCAGUCUCAGUCCCGUGAGGUGGGGCCGUGCACCUCGUGGAGGGAAGGACAGACGUCCCGUCAGUCUUGUCCGCAUGCAGUGCUUUCUUUGUGCACUCCCGCCAGGAGGCAGCUUUCGUGGUUUUUCAGCUCAUCGGAGUGACCUCUGCCCAGGGUGUGCCGUGGGAUUGUGCCGAAGCCCCGGUGAGCAGGGACAGAGGUGCACCUGCCCUCAGUGAGUGCCCUUCGUGUGGCCUGUGCUGGACAGAGCUGUGGUUAUCUGAAAUCCCAGCGAGACAGGGAAGGCACAGUGGGUGUGCGCUGGUGCCCCACUCCCCAGGUGUGCGCCUGGCCGGGGUCACACUGGCUCUGCCUCAGCCUCUUCUGUACAAGGGUUCUCUCGGGAAAUGACCCUGCUGGCGUGGUCUGGCUUGGGCCGAGGCCCCGGCGGUCACGUGUCCAGUCAGGUUUCUGUGGCGGGGCUGGGAGAUCAAGGCACAGAUGGGACCCUGGAGAGCGGGCCGUUCCCCAGCGUGUGAUGUACCCAGCACCGAGCCCACACUAGACCAGUGACACCAGAGACGUCCUUGGACAGCUUGGCCCAUGGGUGUCCACACCGUCCUUGUGCUGGGAUUGUCACUGUCUCCCUGGUUUCCACGUAGCUGGUGGGCAGGGCUCCAACAUCGGGGCCUCUGUACCCUGUUCCCUGUCUUGUCACGCAGGAAACUCGGUGGCCCCUGUGAUCCAAGGGGUGGGAGGCUGAUAACUCUGUCCUGGCUGCAAGGCACUGCCACUGCCCUCACAGAACAGCCCAGGAAGGAGGCCGAGCCAGGUGCAGACGGGAGUCACACACCCGCCCACCAGGAGCCAGCGCCACGUCCGGCUCUCCGUUCCGUUUCCCAGGCUGGCACCUCCUGAGGGGACUGGGACCUGUCCCCCAGCCCCUGCCCGGCCUCCUGUGGAUCUUGGCGGCUGCCCCUGAGCAGCAAGCUCUGUCCUCGCGAGACGUCCUUCAGUCCUGUCCUUACUCAGAGGUGCUCAGAGCCCUGCCCUGGGUCUGCAGGAGUCCCAGCUCCCAGCAUUCCCUGGAGCUGCUUGUGCAGGUUGUGCUUGUGCCCCGUGCCCCUUGUCUCAGUCCCGCCCUGAAUCCCUCUUUAAAUCGCCCCCUCCCGGCAUCACCCACCCUCCGUAGACCAAGCUGCAUGUGGGCAGCGACACCCAUGGUCCUCGCGCUGUCCUGGGAGGAUCUGGCCCCGUCCCUGCACUCCACAUCUCUGCAGAUGAGAUUUCCCUCUACGCCCUCCCCCUCGGGGGGAGUCCCACGUUCUGGGCCGUGAGGAGGUAGGCCUGGGCGGGUCCUGGCCGGGAGAGAUGGUGUGGAGAUGGAGAUGUCCGGCGUGGGAGGAACGUAAAAGGUGCUCAGGUCCAGGUCACAGGGUGGAAGGCAGGGCAAGCACGCGGGGUGGGGUGGGGGGGCUGGAGGCCUUGGCCCAAGAAGCGUCCCUGCAGCUGCUGAGAGAGGAGGGGAGGUCUUCAUGUCCCCAAAUGCCUGGGACAGCUGGGCCUGGGAGUCUGCAACUCCACCUGGGUCUCCCAAAUGGGUGCCGGAGACCCAGGGACCUGAGUGAUCUGCUGGAUCAAAAGUGGAGCCAGGCUCACGGGAGGCCCUCGAUGCGAGGUGUGGGUGCCGCGCGAACACGGGCCGUGCACACACCUGCCCGAGGUGCCUCUGGAGAGCGCGAGUCACCGAGCACCAGGCUGCCGGCUGACAAGCUCUCUGGGCUCCUCUCAGCCAUGUCCCGGGUACUGGGCUGUGGGAGAUCUUUGCUGACCGCUAGCCCGGCCCCCUCUGAUGAGCCGUGUGGCUCUGGCCACGAGGAUCACCUGCCUGCGCUUCGGCUUCCUCAUCUGGAGGACGGGGUCGGGGUUCUCCGUCACUCGGAAACGAAACGGGCCUGGAACCUCCGGCUCGGGUCAGGGCCGUCCUCCCGACUGAAGGAGCCAGACUUUGGUUUUUGUUUUUUAAUUUCAAAGAUUUAUUUAUUUAUUUUUAAAGACUUAUUUAUUUGAAAGGCAGAGUUACACAGAGAAGUAGAGGCAGAGAGAAGAAAGAGAGGUCCCCAUUUAGCCACAGUAGCCAGAGCUGCACUAUCAGGAGCCAGGAGCUUCCUCCGGGUCUCCCAUGCAGGUGCGGGGUCCAAGGACCUGGGCCAUCCUCCACUGCCUUCCCAGGCCACAGCAGGGAGCUGGGUGGGAAGUGGAGCAGCCGGGACUGGAACCGGCACCCAUAUGGGAUUCUGGCACUGCAGGCAGCCGCUUUACCCACUACGCCACAGCCCGGCCCUUGUUUGUUUAUUUUGAAAGUCAGAGUUAGGGAGAGAGGCAGAGACAGAGAGAUCUUAAAAGUAACUGUGGAGGGGCCAGCACCCCAGCACCCGUAUGAGGACCUGUUUGAGUCCCGGCUGCUCCACUUCCAAUCCAGCUCUCUGCUUGUUUCACCUGGGAAAGCAGCUGAAGACGCAGGCCUCCUCUGUCUCUCUGCCCUCCACCCCCCAACUCUGCCUUUCAAAUAAAUAAAUCUUCCAAAAGUACCCCUGGAGAGCACCGGGCCAGUGCAUUCAGGUCGUGGGUCCAGGUCGCCUAAUCAGCAGAACCUGGGAAAGCUGCUGUCUGUAGGGAAGGCUGACAGGUGGAUCCCCAGGGCCACCAGGGCCCAUCGGUGCACAGGGGGGCAGGGCGGGGUGAGGAGGAGGGGCAGCCGCCGCUGUGUGCUCGCUCCCCUGGCAGAGGCAUCCCCCAUCCACAGCGAGGUUCCUCCCUUCUGGUCAUUCCUGCAGGGGCGCCCGCUAGCUCAGCCCUUCUUAGCACACUUCCGAAGGGCCUGCUCACCUGGGGUGGCAUCUGAGAGGCACAAGGCCCAGAGUGUGAUGCUGUUUCUUCCCCUCUCCCUGGGCUGCAAGGCAGGGGCUCCGGCCUGAGCGGAGACCUGGCCCACAGGGGCUAGGGAGGCUGCUGGGCCCCACAGCCCCCUCAGGACGCCAGGGCUGCAUCCCCGGCCUCGCGGCUGAAAUCCCAGCUGCUCUCCUGCUUACUGGUGUCUGCCGAGCACUUAGGGGCCUCCUCUGGCAAAGCCGGGUGAGACAGCACACGCGCACGGGCCUGGCCUGUGCCUGCCUCCCUAGUGAGGUCUAUUGGAAGCAGAAAGGAUGGUGAGC